AUGAGCACAAUUCCCGCACGUCUGGCCCGCGCUGCGACGUCCUCGCGCGGCGACCCGGUAAAGUCGCGCGAGCAGGUCAUCAAAUUAUACCGCAACUGGUACCGUUCUGCGCCGGAGAUUUGUACUCUGUACGCGUUGAACGUGCCUGCAUCACUCGUGCGCUCUCGCGUCCGCGAGCAGUUCGAGAAGAACAGGCAUAUCACCGACCCCAACGUCAUCGACAUGCUGCUCAUCAAGGGCCAUAAUGAGUGGCAGGAGACGAUGAAUUGCUGGAAGAUGGAGAGUCAUGUGUUGGGCAUCUUGUUGGAGGAGCGUAAGCUGCCUCAGCGGAGCUUUAUGGAUAAGUUCUUGGAGGGGAGGGACGAUGAUGGUGUUAUUCCAGCCAGUCCAGCGUAG